UUUUUUUACUAUUUGAAAAUAACUGCAAAUUUAGAAAAAGUUGCAGAAAUGGUAAAGAACAUCAAAAUAUCCUUUACCCAGAUUCACCUGUUGGUAACAUUUUACCCCAUUUACUUUAUCAUGUGCCCUCUCCUCAUGCGUGUUUGUGUGUGUGUAUACACGUGUAUAUGUAUUUGUAUACACACGUAUGUGUGUGUGUGCACACACACACAGUUUGUUUUUGUGAAUUAUUUGAGGGUAAGUUACAAACAUCAUUGCCCUUCAAUAGGCAAUACUUUAGUAUGUAUUUCCUAAAAAUAGGGUUGUGUAUUACAUAAUCACGGUGGGGUUAUCAAAUUCAUAAAUUUAUAUUGAUAAAAUACUUUUAUUGAAUCAGUCAUUCAUGUUCCAGUUUUGUCAGCUGACCUAAUAAUGUCCCAUAUAGAAUUUUUCCCCUCUAGUACAGUCUAGAGUUAGGUAUUGAUUUUAAAUAUCCUAUCUUUUUAGCCCCCUUUAAUCUGGAACCCUUAUAAAGAAUGUAGCUCUCCUUCCCCCCCCCCCAUUUUGUGUUUUCUUAAUAUUGCCUCAUGAUUACAUUGGGGUUUUAUGUACUCUUGGCUGGUGACUGUAUUUGGUGAUGUUGUAUUCUGAGGGUUUCACGUCUGGAUUCAUACAGUGUCCACGUUUCCUUCAUUACCAGUCAACGUGUUGACCAAUUUCUCUGCUAUAUACUUUUUCCCCUUUAAAAGUAAUAAAUGGUGAGAAACACUUUUAAGACAAUGUAAAUAUCUUAUUUCACAUAAGAAUUUCAUUUUAUACAAAAAAAUUUUCAUUUUAUUUAAAAGAUUUACUUAUUUAUUUUUAGAGUGAGAGCAGAGGGAGAAGGGAGCAGGGAAGAGGAAGAGAGAGAAUCUUAAGCAGGCUCCACACCCAGUGCAGAGCCCAGUGCAGGGUCAUCUGACAGCCCUGAGAUCAUGACCUGAGCCAAAAUCAAGAGUCAGACACUUAACCAACUAAGUCACCCAGGCGCCCAAAGAUUUCAUUUUAGAUGUAGUAUUUGUCCAUCAACAAAUCAUCUUCUUGCCUGAUCCAGUUUUACUAUGAUUGUUUGCAAAUGGUGAUUUUCCAACUCUAGCACUUCCCUUGACAUUCUUUUGUAAGCAAAAACGACCCCUUUACCCCAUUUAUUUAUUAAUAAUAAGGACUUAUAAAUUCCUACUUUUUUCUGUGGUUUUAAUACAUUAUUGUACUUAAUUAUUUUGGUUCUCAAAUUGUCCUAGAUUUGGCCAAUGAGAACUUCUUUAAGCUGGCUUCUGUACUCCUGUGCCAUACGCCAUCAUUUUUUUAAAGUACAUUUUUUAAAGAUGUUCCAAGUUAAUCACGUACCUACCCUAUCCCAGCCUUGGAAUCAACCAUUUCUCUGAUGAGCCCUGUCAGACACUGAUUUUUAAACUACAUUUAAUGACGUAUGAUGAGCAAGCGUCACAAGGAGAAGGGAUGUAUAAGGGGUGAAGAGAAAGAAUAGUCUCUGUGCUAUUAUCAUCAUCCCUAUCACUUAGGUACCUUGGAUGAUAUGACUAAGAAACACAGAACUAGAGAUUCUUAUAGGCAAUAAGGAUUAAGGAGUGCACUUGCUGUGAUGAACACCAGGGUUACUAUAAUGAAAGAUAAAGAUACCAGGAAGAGUAAAGGGGUUGCAUUUAUUUUAUUUUUGGAUAAAGACUCUGCACUAAACUGUACCAGGGCAAUAAACAACAAACAGUUAUUUGGUAGAGUGAUAAAAGCAAGCAUUGCUAUUGACAAUGGAAGAGCGGCUGAGUUUAUCCGAAGACGAAACUACUUUGAUAAAUCUAAGUGUUAUGAAUGUGGGGAAAGUGGACACUUAAGUUAUGCCUGUCCUAAAAAUAUGCUUGGAGAACGAGAACCUCCAAAGAAAAAAGAGAAAAAGAAAAAAAAGAAAAUUCCUGAGCCAGAAGAAGAAAUUGAAGAAGUAGAAGAAAGUGAAGAUGAAGGGGAAGAUCCUGCUCUUGACAGUCUUAGUCAGGCAAUAGCUUUCCAGCAAGCCAAAAUUGAAGAAGAACAAAAAAAAUGGAAACCCAGUUCAGGGGGUCCCUCAACAUCAGAUGAUUCAAGACGCCCAAGGAUAAAGAAAAGCACAUAUUUCAGUGAUGAGGAAGAACUGAGUGAUUAAAAUUAUAUUUAAUAUGUAAAUAUCAUUAAACAUUUUUUUUUUUAAACCUUAGAGUUCGAAGUUCAGUUGGGACUAAAGACUAAUUUUAGAAUUUGAGCAUAAAGAACACUUAGUACCAAAUAAUUUUUUUACUAUAAAGUAGGUUCAUAGGAAAUUGAAAAUAAUUUAAAAGUAUCAUGUUUCUAUCUUGCCUGAGCAGAGUAAUAAAGAUCAAGAUUUGCUAGUAACCGUUAAUCUUAAAACCAGUUCACUUGAAUUAAAAAGAAAUCUUAAUACUAUGAUAGCAUUGCUGUUGUCAUCCCAAGAUAAAAGAUAUUAAAAAGAUAUGUUUGAGAAGCUCAUUAUAAAAGUUUAUUCGUGUCUGAUUGGUUUACAUGAAGACAUUUGAAAUAAAUUUCAUCUUUAGGACAAAAACUUCAUGAAGACUGAAAAAUGCUAACUGAUUUAUUGUUGUUAAAUGUUAAUAAAAUUUUCAAGAGAAUUUUGUUUUUAAA